CUUCGCUUUUUUCACCAGACCGAUUCACCACUACCACCACUAAAACUAUCACCACUUACCAAUACUGACUAAAAUUCACUAACUACAACUACAACUUCACUAAAAAGUAAAUCUGUACCGUAAGCGUGCCCCCUCCCCUCGCUACCACUCGUUAUCUUUCGCUACGGUCCAUCCACUAUCGACCCACGACCCAUUAGUCCCCCCAUGAACCACUAGCCACUCUCGCUAAAUAAUGUAUCCUAUAUACUAUUCUGCUCAGCAGCCUCUCCACCAUCAAAACCAAAAUCAAAAUAAUCAUCACCAUCAAAAUUAUAUUAUAGCUGCUGCUCCAAAUCAAAUGCCCCCAACUCCGUUGACUCCUGUUGACUUGAAUUAUUCUCAUUCUAUGAUUCCUUCUAAUUUGUUGAUUGGUUCACCGUACUUUGCUGCGUCUCCUAAUCCUAACUCCAAUCAUCAUAAUCAGUAUAUUUAUCCUCCACCUCCAGUUCCUGUAUCAGUUCAAUCACCCUUACGAUCAGUUCAUUCUCCCUUACGAUCUCGAGCUGGUUCUAGUACGAGUUUAGCAUCAUCUUAUCGUAAUAAGAAUACCACCAAUUAUCAUAACAAUAACAAUAACAAUAAUUAUAAUUAUAAUCAAAAUCAUUCAUCACCAUUCUUAACUCAUUUAAAUAAUUCUAAUACAUCAUCAUGGUCAAAUUCAUCAUAUUCACAAAAUCUCGAUAAUUUAAAUUUAUCUCGAACAGUAAUAUUAAAAAAUAUAUCUGAAGAUGUAUCAUUACAUGAUUUACUAGAUCAAAUUGAUUAUGGACCUAUUGAAUAUUGUAAAUUAUUUUCCAAACAAACUCCUGAUCAAUUACUUGCUCGAGAUCCUUCAUUAUCUCGUACAGUUAAAGUAUGUUAUAUAUCAUUUAUUAAUUCUCAUAUAUCUAUUUUAUUUCAUUUAAAGUAUAAGAAUGGUGCUAAUAUGAGAGCUCUUAAGGCGGCACUUAAGAAUUCUACUCAUCUUAAGAUUCAUUUGAAUGAAAAUAAUAACAAUAAUAAUGCCAAUAAUAUUAAUAAUAAUAAUAAUAAUAAUAGUACUACUAAUAUUCCUGAUAAUGUUUCUGCUACCUCCAGUUCCUCAUCUAAUCAAGACUAUAUCAAGCUCAAGACUUUGAAUUAUAUUUUGGAAUUCAAUGCUACGCGAAGUCUUCUGAUUCGGUUCUCUGUGAAAACGACUCACGAACAAGUGGCCAGUAAAUCGAUUGCUGAAAGGUUAAGUGAUCUUCGAUUAUUUAUUCGUAAUCAGUGUGAGAAAUUUGGAGAUGUUGAAGAGUUUAAGAUUCUGUUGGCUCGUGAGAGUGAUAAGAGAGAAUUAGAAGAUGUUCGAGAGGAAGAAGAAGAAGAGAAGGAAGAGAAGGAAGUAGAAGAAGAGAAGGAAGUAGAAGUAGAAGUAGAAACAGAACCAGUGACUGAACAAGUUAGUGAACAAGUUAGUGAAGAGAUCAGUGAUGAUGUUCCUCUCGAACUUGUAAGUACCACUACUGAUAAAGAUCGUGUUAGUGGACAAGUCAUUGUUCAUUUCACCAGUAUAGAUUCAGCCAUAAAGACGUAUGAAAGUUAUUUAAGACGUAUUCAACAUGAUAUUCAAAGAUUAAUUAAUAAUAAAGAAGGUACGACCAAGAAACGUCCAUCGAAGGACGUUAAUGAAGUGAAUACUAAAUAUGAUAUUAAAUUUAGUCAAGUGACAUUCCAAAAGGAUCGAUGUGAUCGAACUAAAUUAGAUAGUAGUUCAGUAAAGAAACUGACACUGAAUUUGAAUUUAAAUCUGAAUUUGAAUCUGAAUCUGAAUCUGAAUUUAAAUCUGAAUCUGAAUCUGAAUCUGAAUAUAAAUUUGAAUAAUCAACACUUUGAUGGUACCUUACCAUUAACUCAAAAGCAUAUUCAAGAAUUUAAUCAUAAUCAAAUUGAUGAAGUUAGUACUGAAGUUACUGAACGUACAACUAAUGCUACUGCCACAGAAGAAGAAGAAGAAGCUGCUAAAGCUGCUAGUUUAGUUGAAGAUUUAAAUUUAAUUGAUGAUCAUCAAAUUCUUAAGGAUGAACAUUUAGAAUUAUCACCAUCUUUAACUCCUCCUCCAGUAGUUAGUAGUAGUCCAUUACCACCUGAUCAUGAUGCUAAUGAUACAAAUUCAUUUGAAAGUACUUCAACUACAGGAUUCCCCUCCGCAAGAGUAGGGUAUCCAUAUAUUCAAUCCAAUAUAAUAGUUAAUCAUUCUCAAGCUGUAGCAGCUCAAGUUCAUGCACAAGCUCAUGCACAAGCCGUACAAGCAGUUCAAGCCGCUCAAGCUCAUGCUAUGGCCAUUCAAUCCCAACUUAUGGCUAAUCAUCCAACCAUUAAUCCUGAUCCAAUGAAUGUGGGUAAUAGAACCAUUUAUUUAGGUAAUUUACAUCAUAAAUCUACCAUUGAAGAAAUUGCUAAUAAUGUAAGAGCUGGAGGAUUAGUUGAAUGUAUUAAUUAUCAUCCAGAAAAGAAGGUUUGUUUUAUAACAUUUGUUGAUUAUAAAGUGGCACUUAAAUUCUAUUUAAAUCAUCAAGUUCUUCAUCAAUUAAUUAUUCAUGGAUCUGAUAUUACCGUAGGUUGGGCUAAACAACAUAGUGGACCAUUAAAUCGAGAAAUUGCUCUUGCUGUAACGGCCGGAGCUUCCCGGAAUGUAUAUAUUGGUAUUAAAGUAAUUAAACCGGAAGAUGAAGAUUAUGAAAGUUUAAAAUCAGAUAAAUCUAAUAAAAUUAGACUCCCGAAUGAAAUCAUACUUCGAGAAGAUUUUUCCCUUUUUGGAGAACUUGAACAAAUUAAUUUUUAUCAUAAUAAAGAUUGUGGAUUCUUAAAUUUUUUAAAUAUUGCUGAUGCUAUACGAUUAGUAGAAACAUUUGAAAUUUCAGAUUCGGAAUUGGCUAUAGAUCGUUUAACUCAAUUAUUUAAACAUAUCCCAAUUCAAGAUCUUGAGAAAUUCUACUAUAAAUAUAAACCAUUUAAGAUUAGUUUUGCUAAGGAUAGAUGUGGUAAUCAACCGAAAUUUAGUUUUAAAAAGAAGUUUGGUCAUGAAUUAAAUGGUGGAUCAACUUAUCAACUUUAUCAACAAGAACAACAAUUUAGAAGAGGAUAUCGUAAUGGAAGAGAUAAACAUUUUGAUACUGAUACUGAAGAAGAAGUUGAAGUUAAAGAUGAAGAGCCACAACCACAAGCAUCUAAAAAGGUAAUUGAAGAAUCAGUAAUUGAUGAAACCAUUAGUCCUGAAGCGGCUAUGGUAUUUGGAAUCAGUACUGAAUCUCAAUCAGAAGCUGGGGCUGAACAAUCACCAAAAUCAGAAUCAGUUACUCAACCAAAUUCAACUGCAGAAGAGACAGAUAGUAAGAAAACUGAAGCUGUAGAUGAAGAUGAUGAUGAAGAUGAUGAUGAGGACGAUGAAGACGAUGAAGACGAUGUUUCCAUAAUCAUUGGAUCAGAUGAUACUACAUCCACUACGGCUCAUAAUAGUAAUGACUCUAAGAAAGUUCCUAAGAAUUCUCGGAAAUCAUCUAAUUCUCAUCAUAAUCGUUAUGAGAAAAUAUAUCAUUCAUCCACCAACUUACGUAGCUCUAGAAACUCAUCGACUGUUUCACUCAAUUCUCAUUAUGGUAAACUUCAUCAUCUCCAGAAAUAUCCCUCGGCUACAACUCCUUAUGUUCAACCUCAACCCAUGUUCUUCUAUCCUGUAAGUGCACAUCCAUCCCUCUCUCGAGUUAAUAGUUCAGGAUCUAUCAGACAACCAUAUAUGUUACCUACUCCAACGUAUGCAGUUCCACCUCCACAAGGUUAUUUCCCACCCCAAUAUGUUCUGUAUGGUCAACCACAACCACCACUUCAUCAUAUGUCACUGUUACCACUGUCUACUCGACUGUCGGUUAAGAACAUGUCAUCGGGAUCUCAAGUGAUGGCGCAAUAUUUGGCUAAAUCUCAUAAUGAUGGAAUGCUCUAUUCGUUAGCUACUGAAGAUUAUGAUCAUAGUUUUGACUCUUAUUAUAGUCAGUAAAAAAAAAUGUGUUAUGUACGUAAAUAAAGAAAGAUAUAAUGUAUAUUAUUAU